AUGGCAGACGAAAGAGGGCUUGACCUCCCCGUGAACUCUGAGAUGCAACCGCAGACGUACAGUGACAUGUGUGCGGCCGCGCAAAGGGGGCAACUCUUGGGAGAGACGCGAGUGCAUGCCUUGGCAGUUGAGCCUCUUCCAUACGUCUGCAUGCUCUCCGGUGACGGCAUGGAGUUCAUUAUUCCCGAGGCUGCUGCGCGCCAGAGCAAGAUGAUCGCUUCUUUGCUUGACGCCAUCUACUCCCUCCCAAAUCGUGGAGGAUUCGGCGAGUCGCUACAGAACAAACCGGCUCCCGGGGUUCUUGCCGUGAAUAGCGUCAAUGUGAUGCCGAGGAUCCCACUUGAGCCCCUGUCCGGUCGCACCCUCGAGCUUGUCUGUCGGUACUUGCUGCAGCGCAGCAUUGGGGACCCCAACUCCACGGAAGAGUUCUCUCUUCUUGGGGAGCUCGACCCAAUGUCGGACGAGGACCAGGAUCUUGUGUCGGAAUUGCUGCUCGCAUCCGACUUCAUCGACUGCUAG